GAUCAGCAGCUGAGCCCCAUCCCGCACUAAUAAGUGGAAUUUCUGAUCGGAAACGCAGACUUAAGUGCAUGCGUCGCUCCAUGUUGAGACUCCCAUUUACGAAGAUACAGAUUACCACUCCCAGAAUACCGACGACGAUCGAACACCAAGAUGGCGACUCAGAUCAAUGUCGAAUUUAUCCCAGGCACGGAGAUCAUGGCUGCAGAUGGAAAAGUAGGGAAAGUCCUCAUCCCUAGACCCUCGUCUGAUCCGCGCGAUCCUCUGAAUUGGUCAAUGUCAUGGAAGAUGGCUGUGAUGACCAGUCAGGGACUGUUCACCUGGAUUUCCGUGACUGGCGCCUUGUCCAUCGCACCGAUGUUUCCUUUGCUAGGCGCGGAGUUUCACCUGAACAACAACCAGCUGGCCAUGCUCACCGGCAUUACUGUAAUUACGCUCGGGUUCGCCAAUUUCUUCAUCGUGCCUCUCAGCAAUAUCUUCGGUCGACGAGCCAUCAGUUUGGUCUUCUCCGUGCUCAUCAUGCUAUCGUGUGUCUGGCAGGCAUUGGCUACGUCUCAUCGAAGUCUGUUGGCUGCACGAGCUAUCAAUGGUCUUGUCUGCGCUACGAGCGAGACUAUACCGGUGCAGAUGAUCGCUGACGUCUUUUUCCUGCAUGAGCGUGGACUGUGGACUGGUGUCUACAUCACGAGCUACUUCAUGGGUGCCUUCCUUGGUCCUAUCAUGGCUGGAUCCAUCGCCGCGCAUCACGGAUGGAAGGCCUUCUUCUGGCUUGAAACUGCACUUUCCGGUGUCUCGAUCAUCCUCGUUGCCGUCGCAUUCCCUGAAACUAAGUACCACCGCAGCCACAACACGGCAUCUUCCAGCCAGUCUUCGCUCCGAGGUAAGAGCGUUGCCCCUGGAGUUGCACCUUCAGACACUCAGUUGGAAAAGCGACCGACCCAGACCCGAGAUGCUGAGCUCAACACCCUCAAGACUACGGCGCACCCCACCGGUCGGCCCUCGCGCAGCCAGUUCGCGCCUUUCCAAGCCCCAGACCCGCGUUGGAAGACUUUCAUCAUCCGUGACACGCUCACGCCUGUCAAAUGCUUCUUCAAUCCCAUCAUCCUAUGGGCUGGUCUGAUGGUUGCCGGUCCUGCAGAUCUGCUCUUGUUCUUCAAUCUCACGGAGUCUCCCGUGCUCGCAGCACCUCCAUACCUAUUUCGGCCUGACCAAGUCGGCUACACAAACUUCGCCUUCGCGGUAGGUGCUCUGUUUGGUCUCGCAACUGCAGGUCCUUUCUCUGAUUGGGUCGCUGCACGCGCCACACGCAAAAAUGGCGGACUUAGAGAGGCCGAAAUGCGGCUCCCGGCGCUCCUCCCUUACAUGAUCGUCACUAUGCUCUCAGCUAUCCUCGGCGGUCUCGCAUACCAGCACACAUGGGCGUGGGGUCAUAUUGUCGUUUGGGGCUACGGACUCGCGGGUUUGAGCGUGACCACGGUCCCUACUAUCGCCAUUGCCUAUGCGGUUGACUGCUACAAGCCGAUCUCGGGUGAGAUUAUGGUUGUUGCGACGGUGUGCAAAAAUUUCAUCGGCUUCUCGUAUAGCUAUUGGGUCUUCGACGUCGCUCAUACUAGCAAAGAUGGGUGGUUGACUCCGGCGAUGAUAAUCUUUGCUUGUGCUGUCGGCCCUGCGCUGCUGGCAUUCCCGCUCUACUUUGGGAUGGGCAAGAAGCUGAGGAUCUGGACGCGGCACUCGGAUGUUCACCGCAUGGAGGAGCUGAUCUGAGUCGAUAAUUUAUCGGACGAAUGCAAAUCGAGUUUUCUACGCGCACUGGCAUCGUUGUGGUAGUCUUCUACGUAUCCAUCAGGAAGAAAAUGUUCUGUAGUACUGGAGAGAUAGUGUUGCAAUGUAUAUCACUGUCCUCGUUUGACAAUUAAUCAC